CGUCCGUCGGAUUGCCUUCCAUCACAACUUUCUUUGUACGAGCUGAUUGGUAUGAUGGUGGAUGUAGGGCGUGGAGCUGCUUACCUGGAAGCUAAUCGACACGUACAUAGGGAUCUAGCGGCGAGGAACUGUCUAAUCUCAUCGAGGAAUUCGAAUACACGUAUUACAAAAAUUGCUGAUUUCGGCCUUGCUCGUGAUGUCUAUACUAAUGAUUAUUAUCGGGUGCAUGGCGACGAUUUUCUGCCGCUGCGAUGGCUUUCUCCGGAAUCAAUUAACGAUGGCAUUUUUACGUGCAAAAGCGAUGUUUGGUCAUUCGGGAUAUUGCUGUGGGAGAUUUUAACGUUAGGGCAGCAACCUUACCCCAACAAAAACAAUGUGCAGGUGUCGUUUUCACCAUACGCUCUUUGA